AUGAAGGUCGAGGACCCCAUUAAGAAGAGCAUUGCCAAAGCAAAUAGGAAUAAAAGGCGACGGCUUAGAGCAAAGCAGCUUGAGAAUGUCCAGCGCCCGAGCCUUCCGACAAACGUAGCUGUCACAACUGCCAAUGCGCAACAGGAGCCGGUUAAGGUUGAUAACGACAGGGCCCAUGAGGCCGAAGAUCUCCAUCCGGUUCACCGUGACGACGCUGACGACGCGGAAGCAUCGGAACAUGCUGACGUUUUCACCGCAGCCGAGGAGGAACCAGAUCCAAUGCCCGGACCAGCGUCCACAUUAACACACGCUGUGCGGGAAGCGUACGUGCGUGACUUUGCAGCCGCCGCGGAGAGCCGGACUUGCUUUCUGAGCAGCAGCGCUGGCGUACUUCGCAGCCUGGCAGGAAGCAGACCUGAGGCGUGCCCCCGGUGCGGCGUACGCUCCCCGCAAGGGGGCCGUACCUGCCCUGUGACCAUCAUCACUUGGGAGCAACCCAUAUGCGUAGAUGUCCCUGUGUGCUGGUGCACACCCUGUCGGGCGUGGUACAACGUGCGCCCCACAGAGCUCGACUGCCUACCGGACACUAAGCCUGGGUGGGACCUCAACCUCCAUCGAGACGGCCAGCAUGUUCUCUGGUGGCACCAGCCGCUCCUGCAGCUGUUCAAUCUUGUGUCAUUCAGGAGCAGGAACCUGAGUGCGGUCGCGUUUUGCUCUGCUCUCCAAGACACGUGGCAACGAAAUGGCAUCCGCCGUCCAGCUUCCGUUUUGGCAACCACGCUUCGUAAACGCCUUCGGCAAGCACUCCUCCUGUACACGGACUGCCAGGGCGCCGUGGAUGACUACCCGGAGGCACACUUAGCACCUGGCCCCGUGGAGCUCUGA